CCACUCCCAAUUGGAUACACACUCCCAGAGGGAUACGUCUACCCACCAAAGCCAAAGAAAUCAACUCCUACAAAAAAACCAACGAACACAAAACAAGAGAAGCCAAUUGAGGCACUCCCAUUGCUUGCUCCAGCAGUCAAAGAUCUCUCCGCAUCUGAACCAAUUGUUUCACAACUCGCAGAGACGAUUGACAAUCUCUCUAAAUUCAUACAAGAUACUCCACAUGCCGCUGGAUCCGUCAAAGACGUCAUAAAUUCCGCUCAAGGUGAUUUGUCAGCUCUUGGACAACGCCUCGAGGCACUCAAAGAAGAAGAGAAGAAGAAACUCGAGGGAAGCCUCGAUGCACAAGCUAAAGAGUAUUCUAAGAUGCUUGUUGAGCAUGAGAAGCAAAUUCAAUCUCGCGUUGACUCUCAUGAACAAAACUGGAGAGAGCAAUUCGAUAAUGAGCGCAAGUCAAUUGCAGAAUCAUUCAAGAAGAAGCUCUCUGAGGAGCUCGCAACUCAAUCAGAAAUUAUUAACCAAAGAUUGAAGGAACAAGUUGUUGCCCAAGGUGUCGAAAUGCAAAGACGCUGGUUGCGCGAUAUCAAGCUCAAAGUUGAACAAGAACGUGGUGGUAGAUUGGCAAAGUUAGAAUCACUUGCUAAUGAUGUGAAGAAUCUCGAGCAGGUCACAUUCGACAAUGCUGAUUACGUUGAUGAUAACGUCAGAGUACACACACUCUGGUCAGCAUACAGAGCACUCGAAAGAGCAGUCGUUGGCAAGCUCUCCUUAACAACAUCAUCAGAUGAGAAGAAACCAUUCAGAAAAGAACUCGACGCACUCGUCAAAAUCGCUAAGGAGACUAAAGAAGAUACCGCUGGUGGUAAAGUCGUUGAAUCAGCCUUAGAGUCUCUCGAUCAAUCAAAAAUUCCAGACCAAGGUGUUGAGAGUGUCAGUGAUCUCUCAGAUUGGUAUAGGCAAUCAAUAGAACCAAAAGUCAGAAAGGUUGCAUUAGCUCCUGAAGUUGGCGCAGGUCCCCUUUCAAUUGCAGUUUCAACCGCCCUUUCUUCACUUUUGUUGUUCAAAAAGCAAGGACUUGUUGAAGGUAACGACGUAGCUUCCGUAUUAUCACGCGCAGACUACUACUUGUCGCAAAAGAAUCUUGACAUGGCGGCACGUGAACUGAAUCAGUUGACAGGAUGGCCAAAAACACUUCUCACAGACUGGCUUAAUGAAGCACGUAAGACAUUGCAUGUGCAACAGGCACUUGAUGUAAUUGAAACGGAAGCAACACUCGCAUCUCUACUUGUCAUCUAG